AUGGGCGCAGAGCAGUAUGGGACCACCGGGCACAGGUUCACCAAAUGGGAGAUCGUUCCAGGGAAGGUGGGGAUGGGUUUCCAUGGUGUGGAGCAGCACCAGGAGGCCGGUGGCCGGCUGCUGAAGGGAGAAAGGAGCCUCCGUCAGAGGGAGAGAGGAGCCUCGCUCAGAGGGAGACAGGAGCCUCCAGCCACUUGUGCCAAAGUGUUGCGCUUCAUUCGGAGCCUGACACGAAAGAAGCCUCUGAAGCCCGAGGGCGAGGUGUCCAACUUCUGCCGAUGCCUGACCACCUUGGACCUGGUGGGCCUGGGGGUGGGCAGCACGCUCGGGGCUGGCGUCUACGUGCUGGCGGGAGAGGUGGCCAGGGAGGUGGCCGGCCCCAGCAUCAUUAUCUCCUUCCUGGUUGCGGCGGUGGCUUCCGUCUUUGCCGGGUUGUGUUACUCUGAGUUUGGAGCCCGGGUCCCCAAGACGGGCUCGGCUUACCUCUAUAGCUAUGUGACUGUGGGGGAGGUGUGGGCGUUCGUGGCGGGCUGGAACCUGCUGCUGUCCUACGUCAUUGGAACAUCUAGUGUGGCCAAAGCCUGGACCGGGACCUUCGAUGACCUGAUAGACAACAUCAUUGCUCAAACUCUGGAAAAGCAUACCCCGAUGGAGUCGACUGGCUUGUCUGCAUACCCAGACUUCUAUGCUGCCGGGCUAAUUAUGUUGCUCGCUGGGAUUCUUGCGUUUGGUGUAAAGGAGUCGGCUGUCAUCAACACCGUUUUUACUGUGGUGAAUGUACUUGUGUUAGUUUUUAUCAUAAUCGCUGGCUUUAUUAAAGGAGACCUCAGCAACUGGCGCAUCAGUCAGGAGACGAUCCUGAAUGCAACUCUUCUCAUGGAGAACUUUACGACUCAAAAUGAAACCGUUGACUUUGGUGUUGGCGGCUUCUUUCCCUUCGGCUUUGACGGCACGUUGGAAGGAGCAGCGACCUGUUUCUAUGCUUUCGUGGGAUUUGACUGCAUCGCCACAACGGGGGAGGAGGUGCAGAACCCGCAGAAAGCCAUCCCUCUUGGGAUCGUGGUGUCCCUGCUAAUCUGCUUCUUGGCCUACUUCGGUGUGUCAGCUGCUCUCACUCUUAUGAUGCCCUACUAUCUGCUUGACGGCCACAGCCCUCUACCUGUGGCCUUUGAAUAUGUUGGCUGGGAGCCCGCGAAGUACGUUGUGGCUGUGGGAUCCCUGUGUGCACUGUCAACAAGUCUCCUUGGAGUGAUGUUUCCAAUGCCUCGGGUGCUCUUUGCCAUGGCGAGGGACGGCCUGCUCUUCAAGCCGCUCUGUUACCUGAGCUCCAGGCAAAGCCCCGUCAUUGCCACGCUGUCUUCAGGAGCAGCUGCCGCUUUCAUGGUCCUGUUAUUUGACUUAAAGGCACUCGUUGACAUGAGUUCAAUUGGGACUAUCUUCGCCUAUACCCUUGUUGCAGUGUGUAUUCUCGUAUUAAGGUAAGUACACUUGGAUUAAUUAGAUGUAAACUUAAUCGAAUCCUUUAGUGUGAUGGGUCUGUUGAGCCCUCCAACUCAACCCACCCACCGCACCUCAAAAAAUGUCAACGUCGUCACCAUCAUUAUUUUGCUCCUGGUGAUCGCUUUAAGCGUUCUGCUGUCCGAGGGCCUGCUUUCCCUCCGCAGACGAGAGCUGUGGAGCUCGCUGCUCGUCUCGGUCCUCAUGCUAACACUGGUCCUCGCCGUUGGUAUCAUCUGGAGACAGCCACAGAACACAACUAAAGCAGCUUUCAUGGUUCCUGGUCUACCCUUAAUUCCAGUUUUAAGUAUCCUCAUGAAUACCUACCUGAUGGUUCAGCUGGGAGGAGAAACUUGGAUCAGCUAUGCUGUCUGGAUGGCAUUAGGCCUGAUCAUCUACUUUGGCUACGGGGUUCGUAAUAGCGUCCAAAAGCAAAGGCUGCAGGACGCUCGCAUCCAGCUGAAUGUUGCUGGACAUAUGAGGGUCCUGUUUGUGGACUUCAGCUCAGCGUUCAACACCAUCAUCCCGGAGGUUCAGCAUAAACUCUCCCAGCUCAGCGUGCCCGCCUCCACCUGUCAGUGGAUCACCAACUUCCUGACAGACGAGACGUAG